GCAGGUUUGUGUUGAGGAUGGAGUCGGCUGUGGAGGUGCAGAGAGGCGCUGCUGCUAUUAAAGAGCAGUUCCUCACCACUAAAGAGCAGUUCCACGAGUUUCUAGCGUCGGGCCGGCCGCGUCAGAGCACAGAUGAAGCAGACGGAGACUCGGAGGAACCCUCGGGAGAACCGGAGCAGAAGAGAGUCAGACUGGACAGUGACGGAGACAAGAAGAAGAAGAAGAGAGGACAGAAUAAAUCCAGACCUCACGUCAAACCUCAGAGCUAUGAAGACAGACGACUGUGUCCCUCCAUCGUUCAGGAGCGAGACACGAAGUGCUUCUACGGUGAGAAGUGCCGCUUCCUCCACGACGCGAGCGAGUACAUGUCCACUAAAGCGGCGGAUCUGAGCGAUCAGUGCUACCUGUUCAACAGCUUCGGCUGGUGUCAGUACGGCGUCACCUGCAGGUUCGCUAAAGCGCACACGAGCCCCGAGCUGAAGAACCUGAGGAACCAGGAUCUCUGCAGACGCUCCACAGACACCGUCAGAAACCUGCUGGACAAAGAGCUGCAGAGACGCCUGCGGAAGAAGCAGGAGAGGUUCCCCGGAGCCGAGGCGUACCUGAAGACCGUCAGCCGCGGAGAGAAACCUGCAUCGAACCGGGAGGAGAAUCUGAGCGGAGCGGGACACACACAGGACGGUGCGGAUGCUCCUGUGAAGACGGUGGGGCCGAUUACAGACGCUGACAUCAUCAAGCUGCGACCGUGUGAAAAGAAACAGGUGGACUUCAGAGACAAGCUCUAUCUGGCUCCUCUCACUACGUGUGGGAAUCUGCCGUUCCGGCGCGUGUGCAAGCGGUUCGGAGCAGAUAUCACGUGUGGAGAGAUGGCCAUGUGCACAAACCUGCUGCAGGGUCAGACGUCUGAAUGGGCUCUGCUCAAGAGACACGCCUCUGAAGAUCUGUUCGGCGUUCAGUUGGAAGGCUGUUUUCCAGACACCAUGACCCGAUGUGCCGAGCUGCUCAAUCAAAACAUCGAUGUGGAUUUUGUGGAUAUAAACUCCGGCUGCCCCAUCGACCUCGUUUACAAGAAGGGUGGAGGAUGUGGCCUCAUGACACGAACCAGCAAAUUUGAACAGAUCGUGAGGGGAAUGAACUCUGUGCUAGACGUUCCUCUGACGGUUAAGAUCCGUACCGGAGUCCAGCAGAACUGCAGCAUCGCACACAAGCUGAUCCCAGAGAUGAAGAAGUGGGGCGUCUCGCUCAUCACGUUGCACGGCAGAUCACGCGAACAGCGUUACACGAAGUCGGCUGACUGGGAAUACAUCGACACCUGCUCAAAACUGGCCGCUCCCGUACCACUGUUCGGUAACGGAGAUAUCCUGUCGUAUGAAGACGCCAUGAAGGCCAGAGAGACUGGAGUGUCUGGGAUCAUGGUGGCCAGGGGUGCGCUGAUCAAGCCGUGGCUCUUCACUGAGAUCAAGGAGAACAGACACUGGGACAUUUCCUCCGGAGAACGUCUGGACAUCCUGCGCGACUUCACCAACUACGGCCUCGAGCACUGGGGCUCCGACACGCAGGGCGUCGAGAAGACACGGAGCUUCCUGUUGGAGUGGCUCUCCUUCCUGUGCAGGUAUAUUCCGGUGGGUUUGUUGGAGCGCGUCCCGCAGAAGAUCAACGAGCGUCCUCCGUUCUACAUGGGACGAGAUUACAUGGAAUCUCUGAUGGCCAGCCAACACGUGGACGACUGGAUCCAAAUCAGGUGGUGUGCUGAGCGCAGCGGCUGAGAGGAACUCUGAUAAUGCAGCUGGAAAAUGCCACAAACAGAGCGUGAUGCUCCUUAUCCAACUCCAGACCCAAAACCCUGCGCCCUCCGCUACACCUGGAACAAGACGGUAAGAUUUAUAAAAGAAAAGCUUGAUGAAAGAAGGUCAUGCUUGUCCUCCAGCAGAGCUCUGGUG